GCCAUCAACAACCUGGAACUUGCAACCUUGCGCGUAUCAUCAAACAUUGCUCUUUUUACGGCGCAUCGAACUGUGAUCAUAAACUUGCCUCUGGAAUAUCCUUUCGACAGUUUCAACGAGGCGCUCAACAAGCUGGCUGGAUAGCCAACGAAGGAGGCGCAUCCCCGCGUCAUCAUCACCCCGUCAGUUCUCCCCCCGCCGCAUUCUGCCCCCGAGAUCCGAACCAUCAAUCAAAGCUUCAGCUUCCACUUCCACCACCUCACAACCCCUCGAACACGUGUCUCUUGAUAUCGCUACUGCCCCCUUCCGAAAACAAACCUGGGCCAUCGCAUUUCCAAAGCCCUUGCAAAGAUGGCAGCCCGCCAGAAGCUGCGCAUCCUCUGCUUUGGGGACAGUCUUACAGCAGGCUAUUCCUACCUAGGCUCCGCCUACCACCCGUACCAUUUCAAGAUGGACCAGAUGCUGGCGAUGGCCUUUCCUGACUACGAAAUAACCACCGUCGAGCGGGGGAAGUGCGGGGAUAUGGUCAGGAAUGGGUUCCUGACGAGGAUGCAGGAGUGCUUCCCGCCUGCUAAAAAGGACGACAAGCCUCCGUUUGACUGGGUGAUUGUUUUGGGAGGCACAAACGACAUCGCGUUUAGAGUACCACCGCAGGAAAUCUUCAAGAAGUUGACUGAGGUCUGGGAUAUACCACUUCGACGUGGAUGUAAAGUCCUGGCCCUAACAGUCCCCGAUGUGGUGGGCGACAGCAAAUUCAAGAUGAGGGGCGACGCGGAUAGGAAAGUGCUCAACGAGCUGAUCAUGGGUUACAAGAAGCCCAACUUGCACGUAUACGAUCUCCACGAUGCUAUCAGCUUGACGAAGAUGUCCUCGACAGACAGGAAGACUUACAGGGACGACCAAAUCCAUUUCACCCCAGAGGGCUAUGACCUGAUAGGUAACAAAGUGGGCAUGGCCUUGGUGAGCUUACUGGUUAAGCAGAGGGUGGCGGAUCUUCCUCCCGCAAAGAGACGGCGGAUAUUCAAGAACGAUGACAAGCUCUUCGAGGAGGAGACCGGCAACCCAGAGAGCCUCGACGGGGGCUAUGUCGUGGUUCGGCGAACCGAUCUGGACUAGGCGCCUGCUUUUUUUUCUUUUUUUUUUUUCGGAUUUCUAUUUCUGGUUAUACAUGGUAGUGGCGGACAGCGUUUGGCUUUCUAGUCUCAAGAGAACAGGGUUGGCAUCGGCGUAUUUCGAGUUACGGUAACGGUUGGAUAGGUAUCUCGGGGGUAAGUAAAUAUGUGUUUUAUAUUCGAAUUCUUCAUUAUUCAUCUAUGAUCUAGACAUUUUGCCCACAGACAGGGCAUGUCAGUACACCAUUCGACCAGCUACAUGUCCCAAACAGCGGGACGAUGCGGCUCGCUUGCUAUAGACAGAUGCGCUUCUUCUGAC